CUUCUCAGACGGACCCGUGUGUGAGCGUGCCCUUCCCCGCCCCCUCUCGUACUCCCAUGGAGGCCACCCCGAUCUCCGUGAAGCCGCCGUCGCCGGCGCCGGCGGCGCCACCCCCCGCGGCUCUGGAGACCAGGGACUUGCCGACGCAUGCCGUUGCGACGACCGAGGUGGAGCCGAGCAGCAUGAACCAGCUCGCAGUCGCAGUCACUCCGGACCCCAAGCGGCAGAAGGUGGAGGAAACCGCGGAUGGGAACGGGUGCAAGCAUUGCGCCUGUAAGAAGUCCAGAUGCUUGAAGCUCUAUUGCCCAUGUUUUGCUGGAGGUGGCUAUUGUUCUGAAAAGUGUGGAUGCCAACCAUGUUUCAACAAAGAUGCAUAUGCAGAAACAGUUCAGACUACGCGCAAGGUGUUACUUUCAAGGCAGAAGCGUAUGUCAAUGAAAAUUAAUAGGAGAUCUGAGGCAAAUGCUGAAGCUAUGGAAGAUGCUCACCAUUCUUCUUCUUCAACUCCACCAAGGCGAGGUUGCAACUGCAAGAAAUCAAGUUGCCUAAAGAAAUACUGCGAUUGCUAUCAGGACGGGACUGGGUGCUCCUUGUUUUGCCGCUGUGAUGAUUGCCAGAAUCCUUUUGGGAAAAAUGAAGGCAUAAUGGCUGAAGAUAGUAAGCGCUAUCUAUACACCGGUGCAGAUUUGGAUCACAGCGAGGGUGAACAUGAGUUUGUUGUGGAGCGUUCACCUCGUCUGCAAUCACCUAUCUCAAAGGAGUCUUCUUUCCACCAAACUCCGCCUCAUCUGAGAGCCUCAAGCAGAGAUGUGCAUGUGUUCCCACAGGCUGUGUUGCAGUGGCAGGCACCGCCCCGGUCAUGGCACUGUUCCAACAAGAGGAACAGCAACGACCGGGCGAUGGACGACUCUGCAAACUACAAGAAUUCACACAAUGACUGGCUGCUACCGAAGCCUGAAGACAGCUACAGCAUAUCGAAAUGUGUUCAGAUCCUGAACGGCAUGGUGGAGUUGUCGCAGGUGGAGAAGUCGGUCGCCCCCGACGUCUUCCUGCUGCCUGGCAACCGGGAGAUAUUCAUCUCGCUCGGCGGCGACGUGCGGGCCCUGUGGCUGAAGCGCAAGAUCCAGCACUUGACUUAGGGUAUGGUUCACCAUCGUUCUGAGCAGAGAUUGGAGGGAGCAUUCGAGUUAUCCUUUAGAUUAUGCAUGCCCUGCUGGUCGUGGGUGUGCGCAGGAUUUUAGGCUUUUUUUUUCGCCCCUGUAUACUGAGUGUAUUCCCGGAUUUGCAUCAUGUAUUGCAUUUGUAGAGAUAGCCGCUUCGCACCUGGUAAACCGUUAUAAUAAAAUGAGAUUAUUCACCAAGAA